GAAACGGUCGAGGUUGGCCAAGAAGCACGCCACGCCUGCUCGUGAAACGAAAGUUCAAAACACGAGUACACACCAAAUAACCAUGCCGAACUCGCCCAGAGAAAUGUUCUUUUAAUGUGCGAUGGCCGUCGGUCGUUUUGCUGGUUGUGCCGCCAAAGCAAAAAGCUUACCCAUGUAAAUUUGAGUGUCAAAUAGUUGCAGGAAAUUGUGCGACGAACUGAAUCUUUACUUGAUUUACGUACAACAAAAUAGUAGACAAGUGCUAAGAACAAGCGAUCAAUUAUAGUUAACAAGGAUAAGCUGCCCUCUACUUUCCGCUUUUUUGUAUACCUCGUAUUAUUGGGAAGUGCAGAGUCUACCCUUCCCUUUGCUUCCGCCGCCAGCUGGAGAAAGUCAUUCUGCCGGAGCGGGCCAUCAACCGCCCUAAAGAGCUCUGCGGUACCGGCCGAAAACAAUGUGCAGAAUAAAACACGACCCCUUGGCAACACCAGGCACUCCAACAAUCACAGCAGCGACAUAGGCAUAGAGGAACAGGCCGAGGACCUGCGGCUUCGAGCCUUCGCCGGACGGAGCAGCCCUCGGAAGCGGAAGCGGCCCGGGCGAGGCCAUAAAACGCCACUCUUAAACAUCGGCAUUGAGACAUCAGACCCGGGAGCGGCUCACUCGAACAUGUACGUUGCCCUUGUGGACGUGGGCCAGACGCUGGCGGCCGGCCUGGCGGACGGGGCCAAUGAGAGCGUCCUCAUGGCAACGGGACAUGCUGCGGAGCAGGAACAGGGUCACUGGGUGGGCCAGAACGCCAGCGGCGACGGCGUAAUGGUGCCUUAUGUGCCCGUGCUGGACCGCCCGGAGACGUACAUUGUCACCGUGCUGUACACACUCAUCUUCAUUGUGGGAGUCUUGGGCAACGGCACGCUGGUCAUCAUCUUCUUUCGACACCGCUCCAUGCGCAACAUACCCAACACCUACAUUCUGUCCCUGGCCCUGGCCGAUCUGCUGGUUAUCCUGGUGUGCGUUCCCGUGGCCACAAUCGUCUACACGCAGGAGAGCUGGCCCUUUGAGCGGAAUAUGUGUCGCAUUAGCGAGUUCUUCAAGGACAUAUCCAUAGGAGUGUCGGUGUUCACACUGACCGCUCUGUCCGGGGAGCGGUACUGCGCCAUUGUGAAUCCUUUACGCAAGCUGCAGACCAAGCCCCUCACCGUAUUCACCGCUGCGAUCAUCUGGAUUCUGGCCAUCUUACUGGGAAUGCCCUCAGUCCUCUUCUCCGACAUCAAGUCCUACCCCGUGCUCACGGCCAUGGGCAACAUGACCAUCGAGGUGUGUUCCCCAUUCCGCGAUGCGGAGUAUGCAAAGUUCAUGGUAGCUGCGAAAGCUCUUAUAUAUUACCUGUUGCCGCUGUCCAUCAUUGGAGCGCUCUACAUCAUGAUGGCCAAGCGCCUUCACAUGAGUGCCCGCAACAUGCCCGGGGAACAGCAGAGCAUGCAGAGCCGCACCCAGGCCAGAGCACGUCGUCAUGUGGCCCGCAUGGUGGUGGCUUUCGUGGUGGUGUUCUUCAUCUGCUUCUUUCCGUACCACGUGUUCGAGCUGUGGUACCACUUCUAUCCCACGGCGGAGGAGGACUUUGAUGACUUCUGGAACGUGCUACGCAUCGUGGGAUUCUGCACGAGCUUCCUCAACUCGUGCGUCAACCCCGUGGCCCUCUACUGUGUCUCUGGGGUGUUCCGGCAGCACUUCAACCGCUACCUGUGCUGCUUCUGCGUCAAGCGGCAGCCUCAUGUGCGGCAGCACUCCACAGCCACGGGGAUGAUGGACAACACCAGCGUGAUGUCGAUGCGUCGCUCCACCUACGUGGGUGGAGCCGGAGGGGUGGGUGCUAAUCUGCGAGCCUCCCAGCACAGGAACAGCAGUCUUCACCGGCAGGCCUCGACGCCACUGCAGCACGGAAAUGGUCACGGAACUGGGGGGGACGAGACGGGCCAUGGACCUGGCUGGGUAUCAGGCGGUCGCGCAGCGGCCGUGGGCGAAAAGAGGUGAGGCACGCUCAUUGUGCAGUUGCUGGAUGAGGAGGCUGUGGUGUCCUCGCAGGCAGACGAGCAGCUCUGAGCGGAGAUAAUAGGCUUGCACCACCCUCACUUAGAAACGCACGCACUAUGCACUCGACCCCAUCCGCCCAGUCUGUCUCUGGCCUGCUAAUUUGUUUGUUAGUACGGGGCUUGAUAAUCGCCAAUCGCACCCAAGCCGCUUCGAUUUGGAAAGGAGGAUGUUAUGUAUUGUCGACGAUAAAGCUUUUCCUGGGUGAAACGGACAGACGAUUUGGGCACCAAUAGCAUUUAAUUUAAUUUAGUGCCGUUGUAUAUAUUAAUGAUGCGUUAACAAGCUUUUCAACAUGAAAACACAUUUUCGUUUGUAACCGUGUUCCGUACCAUAGUCGUAUAUUGUGUGUUAAUUAAGCUUCCAAGCACACUAAAUGUAACUCGUUCUUACCUGUCGCAGUGCAAUAAAAUAGAAUAAGCCACAAAGCCAAGACCCAAAUGGAUGCAUAUACCUAGCUAAUGACCGAAGAUAUAAAUUGCAUAUACAUAUUAAUAGGCUUAACCGAUGUUAGCACAUGCAUACUGUAAAUAAAGAAUUCCAUAAAUGUUA